GCGUGAGGUUAACCCCACCAUUCCAUGACCGCCCUCCGCAUCUGUACACUCUCGCCAACAUCAGCCAUUGUCGCCCGACCUUCCUCUCCACCACCAACCUCCGCACUCGACACCAAUCGCGCACCCACGUUCCAUCCAUCCAGCUUGACGACGCCGCGGUCUUCAUGGAGCUUGCCCGGCUGCUGGCCCGAUCGCGAUUGCCGUAGGAAGACUGCACCGUCUUCCACAGCUAGCGAUAGCCAGUAUGCCUAAGCAGGACGAGGGGAGGCCAAAUGUACAACAGGACAUUCCAAAUAGACCCAGAGAUCUGACCGAGGUUUCAAGAGCCGUCCUGCGCAGUGAGCAGGCCAAGCGAUGGACUAAGAAGUACCGCACCGAGGUCGCUGCAAGCUCCAGCAGUCUGCUCUCUACAUUUGCUGCUUAUCCUCUCGACUCGGUCAAGACACGCCUGCAAGCCUACAAGUUCAACUCCUUCGCCGACUGCGUUCGCCAUACCUACAAAACUGAAGGCUUCCAUGGCUUCUACCGUGGUGUCUGGUCUCCUCUCGCAAGCAUAACCCUCGUCCGAACCGUAUCCUUCUCCAUAUAUCAACGAUCCAAGUACGCGCUUGAUAAUUGGAUUUAUCAGACGACCGGAAGCUCCCCGCUUGUUAUUGCGAAUACCCGGGAUGCGUGGCCUACGUUUUCGACGAUUGCAUGCUUCGGGCUGGCAGGCGUCAAUGCGGGUGCCGCUAUCACGGUAAUCGCAUGUCCCUUCGAAUUGACGAAAUUGAGCGCCCAAAUCUCCGUAUUGAUGGCCGAGCGCAACGACGGCGGCGGCAAGAACGAAGCGGUCCGCAAGAGCUACCAGAAUCUGGGAACCUGGAAGACGGCGCAAAAUCUGGUCAAACAUCGGGGCUGGACAGGACUAUACUCAGGCUUCCAUUUGCAUCUACUAAGAGAUUCCAUCGGCACCGGCAUCUACUUUGUGACAUACGAGAGUGUGAAACAGAUUUUAGCCAACGCGCGCGGCACUUCACCUACACACCCACUGGCUGUAGUCGUGGCCGGUGGACUCUGUGGACUCGUUAGCUGGGCCUGCAUUUUCCCAAUCGACACGGCAAAGAGUAUCUACCAGCGAAAUUGUCUCGUCGGGGGUAAAGACAAGGCCACGCGCCCAAAGAUCCAUUUCUUUAGUCGGCGGAUGUAUCGAGGCCUCGGUGUCUCCAUGUCUCGCUCCUGCAUAGUCAACGCCAUUUUCUUUACUGCAUUCGAAUUCACCAAGAAGCGCAUCAACGGCAUGUCUUACGACGAGGAGCUGCUUCGCGCCAACGACUUAUAACUAAUUCGACAUUUCCACGUGUGAGAUUUCACUUGUAUCUGCAUAGGGGCAUGGAGUAGGUGCAUAUUUUGCGUGUAUGCAAGUGGAUAUGUAGAUUAUCCUGGAUCCGAGUAUGCCAAUACGAGCAUAGUAUUGAACAUGUAACGCAUAUUGUGCGCCUGGCCUUGAAGCUAUACUUAAUCUCCCCUUGUGAACUUCUCAAAGGCUUAUUUUCAGUCUCUAUUUACCUCUGUCUGGUACUGCUUCUUCUCCUCUUCAUCCGCGUGACCGUGAUAAUC